AUGAGUUAUGCAAAAUCGUCAAAAAAUGUUAUUCUGACAAAUGAAUGUUUUGAAGAGAUUUUUAAAUAUUUGAUCAAUGACAAAGACACUUUAUAUUCUUGUUUAUUUGUCAAUAGAAUUUUUUGUAAAUGGGUUGUGAAAAUUUUAUGGAGUCAACCAUUUACUUUAUUAAAAGAAAUUCCAUCAAAUAAAUUAAUUCAAAUUUUAAUCGAUUGUCUGAGAGAUGAAGAAAAAACAGAUUUACUUAAAAGAUGUACAUUGAAUUUUGAUAUCUUUUCAAAAAAAUAUCGACAACAACCUUUAUUUAAUUAUUUAACAUUUAUAAGGGAAUUAAAUUAUUGGUGUUUCUUUGAAUCGACGAAUUUAUGGUUACGAAAUAUUCUCAUGAAACAAAGGAAUAAUUAUGUUAAUUCUAAUUUAACUAAUGUGAUUACAAUUUAUUUGAUAAAAGUUAUCAUGAUACAAGGGAAACAUAUUAGAUCACUUCGAUGGUUCAAUAAUGAUAUAUAUCGUGAUUUACCGCCAAUUAGAAGAUUUCCUAAAGAUGCUCUUUCUAUGGUUAAAUAUCUUUCUUGUGGUGGAUUUCAUAUUGAUGAUUCAGCUUUUAAUCAAUUAUCCCGGACGUGCAAUAAUAUUAUUGAACUUGAAAUUUCUCAUUAUCGAAAAUCUCAUGAUUCAAAUUUGGCGGCUUUAAUCAGAUCACAAAAUGGUUUAAAACAUAUUACUUUUAAUUAUAUUACAGGAGGAACUUGGAGAUUGGCGGCAGCUUUACAUUCACAAGCAUCAACUCUUAGAUCUUUAAAAUUUGUUAAUAUUGAUUUUGUCGAAGUUAAUUCUAAAGGAUUGGUAGUUUGUAAUAAUUUGGAAUCUUUGGAAUUCUUUGAUUGUCAUGGAAUUAAUAUUGAAAAAUUUUGGAAACCAAUUAUUGAUCAUUCAAAUUUUCAUUUAAAAAAAUUAUCCUUAGCACGUACAAUAAUUUUAUCGGAAGUGAUUGAAAAAUUUAUUAUAACUUCUAAUUCAAAUUUUGAAGAAUUCAUGGUUGAUCGAACAGUAACAAUUGAAAUGCCUUAUUUAAUGGAAAUGUUAGCAAAUAAUUGUCCAAAUAUUUCUUUUCUCAAAAUUUUUUUAAAUAAUUUAGAUGAAAUUUCUUUAUUACUUUCUUGUAUCGCCAAUUUUACGAAACUUAAAACUUUAGUAAUUCGUACAUCAGCUUGUAUUGACGUUUCGGAAAUUUUACCCAUCUUUUCUAAUCUCAUCCCUUCAUCUUUACAAUUAUUGGAUUUUGAUAUGAAUACUUCUGCUGAAUCUUUACAAUUAUUUUUAGAAAAUUGUAAAGCUCUUAUUCAAAGAAUUAUUAUGAAUUAUGGUUACGUUCUUGAAGAACAUAUUAAAGUUUUAAUUAAUUACGUUUUAGAAAAAGGUAGUUUAAAAUCUAUCGGAUACACUUACAGAACAAAUUGGACCAAUUCGGAUUUUUCGGAAUUUGGGUUGGGAGCAAAAGAAAAUUUACAAUUAUUAGAAGAGAGCGCCAAAGAAUUAGUUGAUUUUAUUGACCCAGUUGAUCCGAAUGAUUGUUUAUUUCAAUGUUUUGGAGAUUCGGAAGGUUGGGGAAGUAGUGCUGGUUUGCAAAAUACUUGGGAAGAUCUGGAAAAUCUGCCAACUUGGGAAAAUUCUUUGUAA